UUCAAAUUAAAGAUGUCAAAAAAAUUACCGAUAUCGUGAAUAUGAAUAGAAAAUACAAAAUCUUUUAUUUAUUAUAUAUUAAACUGCUUGUAAUAAUUAAUGUAAUAAAGAGAAGUAAAUAAUAAUAAUUGCUCUAGAAUAGAUGUAACUCAUAUUUUUGUCGAUAUGACAAUACAUUACACGAUUUAGCAUCUUUUAAAAAUUGGGAUGACACCUUUCACAAAUAAGUGAAAACGUUUACGAAGUAAUAUCAGAUUACGACAUAUAUAAUUAAGAAAAAUCAUCUAUUACUUAACACUAAGAUAAUGAUGAAGAUGAAAUAAAAGCAAAAAAAGCAAAAGAAACAACUUUAGACAAUUCUGAUGUUGAUUCUGAUCAGUCUUGUCCAAUAUGCAUGGAUUUAUGGACUAGUUCAGGAGAUCAUCGUUUAUGUUGCUUAAAAUGUGGACAUUUGUUUGGACAUAGUUGCAUUUUAAAAUGGUUGCAGACUUCUUGUACUAGUGCAAAUCGCCGGUGCCCACAAUGCAAUAGGAAAGCUGCUGUAAAAGAUAUCAGAAUGUUAUAUGCCAAAAAAUUGACUUCAAUAGAUACUGCAGAAUUAGAUAAAUUAAAAGAACAAUUAAAUAGUGUUAAUUCAGAAAAAAAUCGUAUAGAAAUGGAACUUUCAAAAUCUACUUUAAGACAAAAAUUAUUUGAACAACAAAUUGCUGCCAUGAAAAAUCGGAUAUCUGAGCUAGAGAGUCAGCAAUCAGAAAUAACUAUUCAUUCAAGCCAAAAUAUAUCUAAACAUAUGAUUAAAAAGUUCCAUUUAGAUCGAUCUAUAGAAAUAUGUAAGGAUGGUGGUUGCCGUGUAUUAGAUUAUAACCCGUGGUGUGGAUUUUUGGUUGUAUCACAGAAAUCAACAAAUACUUUAUUCUCAGGCUAUGGUAUUAAAAAAAUUGAUUCUGAUGAAUUUCAACCACGCCAGUUUAUUCUUUUGCAUAACGAAGUUAUAAGAGAUGUUACAUUUAAUACAUCUCAGCAAUCAUUACUGCUUAGUGUUGGUUUUGAUAAAUGUGCAAAAUUACUAGAUAUUCAAAGCCAUAUUAUCAUGCAUACUUAUCAAACAGAUUUUCCAUUGUGGAGUUGCUGCUGGUCAGGCAAUAAUUCACAUGUGUUUUUUGUGGGUGCACAGAAUGGAUCUAUAACACAAUUUGAUAUUAGACAAACUUCUAGUGCUGUAGAAAUUUUAGAUAAUCCAGGCGACAGGUCACCAGUAGUUUCUCUAGCAACAGUGCCUUCUAAUUCGGGUAGCAGUAUUACUCAGGGUGGAUUCAUAGCAUGUCAUUUGAGUACCUGUUAUGCUUAUGAACAGAAAGAUUCAAAAUAUUUACCUAAACAAAUAUUUCUUGAAGGUCCGUUUGUAUUUGCGUGUUAUGAUGAAAAGAAUAAUCAUACUUUAAUAUCUUCUCGACCAAACGUUAGACAACCUCAUGCGAGACACAUAGUGUGCACUCUAGAAAAAGGCAAUGAGGAAUCAAUAAUUUGUAAUGUAGUACACACGUUCCACGCUGGUAAUUCUCAACAAUUAUUAUCUCGACCAUGUUUCAUAAAUGUUGAAAAUGAUACAUUAGUUGCUGCACACCAAGAAUCUACUAGUAGUAUAUCAUUAUGGAGUACAUCCACUGGAAAACAAGUAAAUAGUCUCCCUGUUUCUGAUCCUGUAGUAGAUAUGUGUGCAAUUGAUGUUACUAAUAAUUUAUUCUUGGCAACGCUUUCUUCAAAAAAAGUUAGAAUUUAUAAUCAUGGAUAACUAUCAUUGCUAUAAAAAUGAAUAAAAAUAUCUUUUUCUUCAUCCAUGCAUCAUACAUUUAUAAUGUGAUAGUUACAUGACAUAACUACUAAUAUUGUACUUUUUUACAUGCUAUUUUAAACUAUAUGUUGACAAAAAUAAGUAAACAAAUACAAAAUCUGAACUUAGAAAUGUGAAGCAUAAAUUUUCUUAUUAAUGAUAAUACAAAAAACUUUCAUAUACAUAAUUUAAAUUACGAAAAAAUACUAUAAUAAAUUCUAAUUUUACCAUUUUCUAUUUAAAGAUAUACAUAUUUAUUGCUAAUCACUUAUGCAAUGAAUAUUUGUUAUAUAAAUGUAUUUUUCUA